AUUUCGGUGGUAAACUUAUCGUAGUAUGGCCGUCGUUUGGAAGUAUUCACAGUUUUACUUCCACAAAGAAUACGCGAUAAAUAUUGAACGGAGCGAAUUACGAAAGACAUUUUUAAACAAGUACUUAACGCGAGUGAGAUAAACAAUCAAUAUAAGUGUUGAAUACAAAGGAGAUUACUAUAGAAACAACCUGCGACCUCCUUUUAUUUCUUUAUUUUUUACGGUUUUCUCCUAAAUAUAUUCAAAAUGUGGUUAAUCAGCCAACCGAAUUCUGUGAUUUUACCAAUCAAAGCAGAUCUCAAUGCAAUUGGUCAAGAAUGUUUGGAGAAGAUCUGUGAGAAAUUGGAGAUUGGCGCUGAAGCAGACUACUUCGGUCUACAGGUGUGCCCAGGGUCAGGGCCCGGAAGAUGGCUAAACUUGCGGAACCCCCUAGACCCCCACCGUAUUCCUGGGGGCAGACUGGACUUACGCGUCAAGUUUUGGGUGCCUCCCCAUCUCCUGAUUAAUGAACCCACCCGCCACCUAUUUUACCUUCACGCUAAACUAGAUCUUACCGAAGGUAGAUUGGUCGUUGCCGACUUGGAAGUCGCCAGGCGCAUCAUCGCCUACAUUGCCCAAGCAGAAACUGGUGACUGCGAUCCGGAAGUGCCUCCGACUUACAUUUACGAGGAAUGUGAUAAAAUCGGCCCACAAGGGGAAAAACCAGAUGAUCACAUGGAUAAAAUCAUUGAAUACCACUGCGAGAUCGUUGGCAUGCGAGCUUCCCAGGCAGAAUACAGACUUUUGAAAGAAAUAUCAAAUUUGGAAUCUUUUGGCGAAGAGUUGUUCUUUUGUAAACCUGUAACACAGUUUAACAAUGCACACAACUUAUAUAGUCACUUAUUAUAUCAUAAACAACAAGAGGAAGAACAGCCGAGGGCAAGAGAUGACCAGGAAAUUGAUGGGAGUGCGACUGUAGGCUGUUUGGCAUCUGGGCAAAACGGAGGUGGUUGUGGCUGCAGACUAAGCACGAGUGUCGGCGUCGGUCCCCAUGGUAUUGUGGUGUACAGGCCAGCGUGUAACGGAGAACAAGAAAUUGGAGUGGAGAAACAAAGCAUCAAAUACACAGUGAUACACCGCGCCCAGCCGCUGCGGCGUAUAUUCCAGCUGUCGUACGUGACCGCGGAGGGCAGCGAGAAGACGCUCCACGUGAAGAUGGCGACGUCGGGCCAGGCGGCCGCGCUCUACCGCGCCGUCACCGAGAAGCACGCGUUCUACUGCUGCGAGACCGUGCGCAGCGACGUCACCGAACAGUUCAUAAGGGACCUCAAGGGCACGAUAGCGUCCAUCUUCAACGACUCGACGACGUUAGGGCGGCGGUACGUGUUCGACAUCCGGCGCACGUGCCGCGAGGUGCACGACCGCGCGCGCCGCGCCCGCCACCGCCGCCGCGACCCGCCCUCGUCGCACGCCCCGCCCUCCUCGCCCUCCUCGCCCUCCUCGCCCUCCUCGCGGGCCCACGCGCACACGGGCCCCCGGAGCAGAUCCCGCAGCGGCGGCGACGGCGGAGGGGGUGGCGGGGGGGAGGCGCUCGCGUGCCGCGUGUGCAUGGACAGCGGCAUCGACACGCUGUUCCUGCCCUGCAGGCACGUGGUCUGCUGCCAGGAGUGCGCCAACAGAUGUGAACGUUGCCCACUGUGCAGGGCGGCCAUAGAGAAGUCUAUGCACAUAUUCCUGCCAGUCGAAUACCAAAAGUCCCCUGGCCUUAUAAUUAAAUGAGAUAAUUUUCGAACUGAUCAUUGCUGGCCCAAAAUCGACUACAGUUCCCGACUUGUGUGAUUUUAGAAGUCCUUCCGUUCGCACACCGUGUCGGCAGAAUGGAAUGGAUGUCGCGGAAGUGAAAAGUAUAAUUGUCUUAUGUUAGUGACGUAAUCAGUGACAAUAAAAGUUGGUUGAUUAACGUAAAUGUAUUAUAAUCUGUUUGGAUUAUUGUACUGCACUUCAUAGGUGGAGUCUUACAAAUGUAUUUUUUAAUAUUAAUCUUUCAUACUUUUAUUGAAUUUUAAAUUGUGUGGAGCCAAGUGCCUAUUAAAAAGAAACCUGUAAGAUUGUGUGUGUGAACGUCUAGUCAACUUUGUGACUCUUUAACAAUAAUAAUUAAUACAUGCAUUUUUCUCCCAAGUUAUUUGGAAACCUUACUUUAUUUUUUCUCGCAUUCCAAUUAAUGAAACAUUUGGAAAGUUACAAUCGGUACUUAUGUGUAGAUUUAAGUGAUCAUAUCCGAACUGCCUUUGAUUUGAACAGUUUGUUUGUUUAUGGAAAAUUAAUAGUAAAUAAUCCUUUCGUUUUAGAAAGGUGUAUUUUGUAUAAAUGAUAAUCUUUUGAAGUUAAAUGAUGGUGAUAUAACAUCUUUGUGAGGAAUUUUUCAAUUCGCAUUCUAAUUGUAAGCAAAUUCUGCAUUUUCUAUUGAUUUCUUGCCGUUUCCUGUUUAACUUUGUGGUAUAUUUUAUUUUUAAGAUGUAAUUGUAAGACCCGUGGUCUAUAAGUUGUCAAAUUUUAACAU